CCUUAUUUCUCAGCUACUCAAUCACUUCGAGGAUGUUCUUCGUAAUUCUCAAGUCGCUUCGAGGACGUUGCCACUUCGCAAGCGAAGGCAAAGAGGAGUCCUCUUGGCACCGUGGGCUUCGUCUACUUCCCAUUCUCGCUCUCAGUGAGGAGGGAAAACGAGGAGGAGCGUGCUUGCCUUUGGGAUAGUCGGCGUGAGUCCUCUUCUGCCUCUCCCUCUCUCUCUCUGCGAUCUGCCCCUUUUUUUGGUACAUGAAAUGAGGUUUUGUCGAGUGGAAAGUAGUAAAACUAGCUGAUAUUUUCUAUAUUGGGAAAUUUGAAGGAAGAAAGAGAAGAGAGCUUGUGAUAGAGGGUUCAUCCCCUUCUACUGUUACUUUUUGUUGAUGAACCUUCGCCGAUGCAGCUUCCAUCGGAAGGACAAGGAAGAUCGGUGUUGAAAGACACAAACGACAAAACCAAUUUUGAUUCUUCAUGCUGAUUUAUAUGAUGUAAACAAGGGGAGAAAGCUUCAGCAGCUAACAUCAACAACAAUUAGACUCCCCUCCGUGGAAGCUUGCCUCUGUGGUGCUUCCCAUCAUUCCUCAGAAGAAACCCCAAGGGUUUUAGUGAUCAUCUGUGUGGACUGCGGAGCUGGAAUAUGGCAACCUCCCCUGGGCCAAAGGGGGCCCACUGCCACAAUGUUGUUAGACAAAGACUUGAUUUUGCUUCUGAAAACCAAUCUGUAGAUGAACAUCCAAAGGAGGCAUUCAUGGAAUCAAAAUCUGUCAUAAAGGAGAAAUAUAACACAGCUUCCAACUCCAGAGCUAAGAUAACAGUUCAACUUGGUGAAGGAUUGGAGGUUGAAGGUGAAGAAUCAGAAGCAGAUAUUGCUUUUGAUCUGAAUCGUUCCAACAACCAAGUACCAGAUAUGUACAUAAGGCUGCCAAAAUAUCCAACUCCUAUUCAUCAUUCUAGAAGAGAAUUAUUGAAGAAAAAUUGGAAGCAUCUGGCUAGAAUGGCUGGCAAGGCAAAUAGUACAGAUAAAACCCACAUUGUUGAGAUAUCAAAACAGAAUAGCAUUCAGAGUCAUGUAAAGUUAGAUGGUGAUACAACUUUAGUGCGAGGGGAAAUGGAGAAUGAACAAGCUAAAAGUUGUUAUAAUCAUGUUGACAAUGCCCGAAGAGGUUGCAGAUAUCCAAUUUCAGGUGAUAAAGGCUCUAUGCAGACACACGCCAGCAAUAUUCCACAAUUUCCACUGGAAUGUAAAAGGAGGAGAACCAUGCUAAUGCACAAUGUGGAAUUUGGUCAAAUGACACGAGUCUCCAAAUCAUGUAGCUUUGUAGAUGAACAAAAGCUGGUACCGUUGGGUGAUUUACAAACCUCAGAUUUCAUGUUGACCUUUGGUCCCAUCAAAUGGGUGACAAAGAAGAGAUCAAAGGUGCCUAUUCGAGUCCCUAAGCCGGUUCUCGCUGAGAUAGUUGCAGGCUACAAAGAUCUUUUGCAAAACCUUAAAAGCAGACACCAGGCAUGCAUCAAAGCCUUGUUCGCAGAUACUCGUGUGAGAAUGAAAACAGGAAAACGAACAAUAAGGAAACAUGUUCAUCACCAGCAGUGAAUGUUUUCAUCUCAUGGAUUACAUGCUUGCACUAAAACGAUAAAUGAUGCACCACAAUUGUAGACGAGUGGUAGAAUUUUCUAUGGAUUGUUAUCUUAUACAAUUUUAAGCUUGACAGGUUGUGGUUACAUGGAUAGUACAUGUCAAGCCAAUUGCAAUGCAUCUUUAGAGUCAAUGGGAGAGUUAACGUUGGAGUGAAUAGGAGAAUAAAAGGAAGGUUUUGGUGGCAUUUCCUUGUCACUGUUUCUUCCUUCCAACAUUUCAAUCACCUUGGUCAUGGAAGGUCUGUUUGCCGGCAGAGUUUGGAUGCACCACAAGCCGACCACUAUCAUCUACCUUGCAAUUUCUUCUGUUUCAACUAUUAUAUUGUAUGCUUGAAGAUCUCUAUCUUGAUCAAGAUGCUCGUAAACCCAGUGUGGAAAAUAAACAUCACUAGUUCUGUCUGCACAUGCCUUCACAUUCUUUUUUCCACCAGCCGUUUCCAAGAUCAUCAUCCCAUAGCUAUAGACAUCAGAUUUUGUGGAAACUGCUCCAAAAUAUCUUGAAAUUACUUCAGGUGCAAUGAAUCCUAUUGUUCCUCUUGCAUCGGCCAUGGAAAGUAUACUUCUUUUUUUUUUUUUUGAGGGCACAACUUUGCUAAUCCAAAAUCUGAAUUUUUGGGGCAAAGCUCCUCGUCUAGUAAAAUGUUGCGUGGCUUUAUAUCAAAAUGUACAAUGCACAUGCUGCAUCCAUAAUGAAGGUACUCUAAUCCUAGGGUAAUACUAAUUGCUAUUUGGUAUAGUUUGUCCCAA